AUGGAUCCACUUGCUGGUAAAGUCACUCCCUUCCAAAGAAUAUGGCAUAGAUGGAGGUCCUUGAGAAACGUUCCCUUUCGAAAAAAAUUCUUUAUUGGCUACGAUUUAAAUGGCAAUACUUACUGGGAAUUUUUUCUUGAAAAUAUCAAUGCUAAUCAAAGAUUACGGAGAAUCAUCCAUUAUAGAGAUAACAGAAAACAUUUUGAAAAACAAGAAAUACCCACUCAAUGGAUGCAGUGGUUGAGAUAUACGAGAACUAGGCAUCCAACUUUAACUGAACUACUUGCUGAUGUUCAAAGACAGCAAGCUAUGAAAAUACUAGCAAAACAAGCCGACGAAAGAUGGACAAAUGGUUCAAACAUGCCAUUGAAUAACAAUAACCCUUCUAUAUCUGACAAUUUGAAUCAAUUAACAAACCAAUAUCAGAUCAAAUCGUCCAGUACUAAUAAUACUGAUCGACUGAAAAAUGUUAGAUUUGCUGAAAAGAAAAAAGCGAAUGAUAAUCCAAUUGAAUCAGCGUUUAUUAAGCCUAGAAGGUGA